AUGUCUGAUACUUCACAUUCACACAAUUACGGUACAAGAAUAAGGAAUAACUCAAUCCUUAAACCAAGCGCUCGUCUUCGUCAAUCACCACAACCAAGGCGUAUCAAACCAGUACCACAGCCUGACUCAAAUCCUCCUGAACAGCCUCAAUUCCCAAUAUUUCCACUUCCAAAUGUCAUGCUACAUCCAGAAGACGCAACUAGCAAGGUCUUUCAUGCUAUCGGUCGUUGCUUCCUCAGCGUGGACAAUCGCGCCAUGACGAUCAAGGACCUUGCGGAAAUGACUCUAAACUUCGGCCUCGUGUGUCAAAACGUUUCUGCGGCGUCGCAAGCAAUAACAACUUACAUACGAAAUCAUCUCUCCCGAUGUGAAACUCAACAAGAUCACCCUCUUCUUCUUCGUCACGUCCUCUCUGGCACACCUGCAGACGACGAUCUUGUCCCUGCACUCCAUUCCCGUGUGGGAGGCGCAACACUACAAAGGCAGCCCCUCGACGCCACGUGUGCAAACGUCCCUCCUGGACGCCACACAAACUUUCGUCGUGGCACAAUCGUAUGGUAUCUUUCAAAAGCUAGUGGCGUCCCCUGCCCUUUCUCUCGUGCUGGUAUUCUCCUUUCGAAUUACCCCGCUUCCAAUUCAAAUACAAAGCCUCGAAAGCAAUCUCACGAUCCAAUGGAAAAGUGCGGAGAGAAACGCAAAAGAUUCAUCUCAAGACGCUGUCAGAGUGCCUCCAGUUCUUCUGACGAAGAGGAAGAUGAACCUGAAAGACCCCCCAAAGUCAAGCUCACCCUUCGUCUCCGACCUUCUCCCACUACUUCAAGUCCUACUGACAUCAUCGAUCUCUCCCACGAUACUUCCUCUGAUGAAGACGUCGGCAUGUUACCAGCAGAGCCCAAUCCAGAACCAUCUUGCCUCCCACCCUACCCUCGCAGAUCAAUCGCAGUCCCAUGUUACACUCCCGUAUCCCCUCCAACACGCACCUCUCUUCAUUUCGUCUUUCCACCACCACCCGUCGACCAAUCUAGGGGAAGUGCAACUCCUCCGCCAGAUUCUGACCACGAGGAGGAUAUCGACUUUGAUUUCUCAAGCGAUGAAGAGGAAUCUCGAGGUGUGAGCGUAAAGGUAGAAGACGAGGGAGAGAAUCUCAGUAUCGGUGCAACUCUUAAAGAGAAGAACGUGAGAGACAUGCUAGAUGCUUGGGAGGACCUCGAUCUCAAUCGUGCGCGCUCAUAUUCAUGCCCAGAGUCUGGUUUGGAGUUCGCAGUGACGAGGGAAAAUGAAAGUCGCCAUGCAGCCGUACCGGAGGUCAAGGUGGAGGAACUUGAGAUGUGGGAGUGGGAGUUUGAUAGUGGCUGGGCAGGUGCUUGCGAGGUUGAAGUGAAGAAGGAAGAUGCUCCAGAAUUGCCGUCGUUUUCACCCACGGUUGCACCGUGGAUCGCAUUCCCACUCCCUCCUAUGUCGCCACUCACACCCUCUCCAGCAUCCCCAUGUUCGAGCACGUUUCAUUUUUCGUCUGUAUCACCAAAGGCGCAUACAUCGGAUGCGUUUUUGCCAGUCAACGGUUCCCCUUCUCGGGUCACGCACGCGAAAAAACCGUCAUUGGAGCGCAAGAACAGCGUGUUGGACUGGCAAGAUGCAGAGCUGCUUGGCCCUGACAGCGUCCAUAUUGCCGAGCUCGAGCUAGAAUGGGAACAGGGAACUCGGCGGGCACGAUUUGCAUCACCAGCACCAGAGACCACAUCAAGUCCAGAUUGCCAAAUGGCGGAUCCCGAGCCUCUCCCCGAACGCAAAGACCAAGUAGUAGUCGUCCACACAUGCGUGCCUUGCAAUCCACCCGUGAGUGCAACGCAAGUCGAAGGAAUACCGGUGUAUCAGACUACGCUGCCUCUACGCCCACCCCUUGCACAUACGACGCGGACGCUUUUGAGAAGGCUUGACACGGAUUUUGUGAACCUUACGCCUCUACUUGCUGCGUUUUCACCUUGUGCGCUCCCGGCUCUUCCACCGAGCGCUGUGCGGUUUGAUCAUCCGAAUUCUGCUGUGGCGGGGAUAUGGGUAUCGUUGGAUUGUGCGCGGGAGUUUCUACGGACAAGGGCUCAGUCGGACGAGACGCUAAGAACAAGCGUGGAGGUGUUUCUAAGCGACGAGCUUGUGAUGAGGUUCCCGAGCGCCUUGAGGGACUUUUGGAGGGCUAGUAAACCUGGGAGGAUGUUGGGCCAGUUUGGGGUGUGUUUUGAGGGUGGGCGGGUUGUGGGGAGUCAAGGGUCGUCUUCUUCCUCAUUGGCACGGGCAUCGUUGGGAAACCGGUCGUCUUCCCCUGUAUUGUCUCCACCUCAGUCGACGGCGCCUUCUUCGUCCUCGUCAAGGUCUGAAUCGUAUGCCCCACCAUCUUCUCCAGAGUCACAUUCACAUUCCUCACCAGCUUUGGAGUCGCAUCUGUCGUCGCUGCCACUGUCCUUGUCCACGUCUACCACCAGCCCCGCACUUCCCACACCAAUACUGAAAGUCCACGAACCGCCGCUGAGUCCUACGGAGGCGGAGAUGUUCCGAGUUUUGUGUGUUUGUCCUGAUUGGGAGGAGAAGGAGGUGGGUGAGGGUGAUGUGCGUAUGGAUGGACAGGAUCAAAAUGCUGGCGAAUGCUGUCAAGACGCGGAUGGCGAACGUGAUGACAACGCGGACAACUCAUGCGAUAAAGACGCGGACGCGGACGUGGAUGUGGACGUGGAGAUCGUGGAAGAGGAGUCGAGGAGUUUGAAAGAUGGUCGUUCGUUGAGACGGUCAAAACGCGUUGCGGAUGCUGUUGCUCGUACGCGUGGUGUGCGGCCCCGGAUGAGGGGGCCGAGACAUGCGUGA